AUGAUGGUCUUUAAACCACUUCAAACUUGCCUUAUCAAUGUUCCAGGUCCAUUUAUUAGUCCAUUUAUCAAUUCCACCAACUUGCUCAUACAAAACGUGGUUAUUCAGAUAAAAACUAAUCGUGAGAACAGUAAAGCUUUAUACUGUGGAUGGACAGGUUUUUUUUCAUCCAAUCCUAACACUAUUGAGAUUGACUCAUCUUUUGCAUCUCUGUCCGGUAUUCCAGAAUCAGCUGAGGUUCGUAUACAGCUAAUCCUCAUUGAUGAGAUCAGCAGAAUCCAAUCUGCCGAACUUGAGCCGAUAACCUCUGAGGAUUGGGAAUUAACUCAAUUGUAUGCUGGAACGAUUGAGAAUAAGUUUUUAAACCAGGUCAGAGCAUUGAGUACGCAUCAAAUUGUACUAGUGCACCCCAAUUCCCACUCGUCUAGCAGCAUUAUUCGAUACAGAGUGAAAACUAUACAUUCAACCAAUAAGGAGAUUGCUUUAGGCAUACUUACAAACGAUUCCGAGUUGCAUAUUGCCCCAAAAUUCUCAAAACCGGCCAAUGAAGAGAUCAGUUCUUCCAUACAGAGAAGUCGAAGAGGUGUAAACUCAACAGUCGUACAGUCACCACUUCUCACUUUUUCUCCUGUGCUUUGCCGAAGUAUUUCCCUUCCGAAUAGGCAGUUUUCCCACGUGUCAAAGGACGACAGUUCCAACUAUAGCAUCUUCAUCAAUCUGGCAGGUCUUCCUUUAGGCUCCGUCCCGACUAAUACCAGAUAUGUUGCGGUAUCAGUUGUUGAAGGGCCUGGAACUCCGAAGAGGGCAAGGUCAACUAAGGAAGAUCAAAAGAAUGGCAAAGUUAUGGUCGCCAAAUUAAUCAUAGAUCCCUAUGCUCCCAUACAUAGUGUUGGGUUGAGCGAGCUUCUCGCUAUUUCUUUAGGUGUUGAAGAUAGGGUCGGUGAAGAAGUUCUAAUUGAGCCUUUAAAGCAUGACUCGUCGAGUCUAUCAAACUGCAGACUGGUCCUUCAUAAGAUAAUUACAGAGACGCCGAAGCAGGUGGCCAAAACUAUACGUAACUCUGACAGUAGACGGAUUGCUGAGCAUAAGAUCAAGAAGAUAGAGCACGCACAUACCAUACAAAAGCUAUGUGAGUUGUUCGGACUUGAUUCAGAGUCUAGGGAGAUUCCACUAAUAAACGGAAUGAAACUUCCGAUAAUUGAAGGAUUAUUUGCGUGUGGUUGUAUCCUUAAUGUCGAACUAAAGCAUGCAAAGAAAGCACUCCCAUGGAUAGUAUUACGUAGGGAUGACCUUUCUUUGAUCAGAAUAGGUGAAGAUAUAUUGAAACCUGAAUCAUUUGUUCAGACUAAACCAUUGGCUAGUGAUCAGUAUUUAUUGGUGGGAAGAGAUGAUAUUGUGCGUCAGAUUAUAAAAGACGCUUUGAGACAUGUCCCGGUUAUUAUUUACGGUUCCAGUGGCUCUGGAAAGACUCUGGUGUGUCAUGAUGUGAGUCUUGAACUCAAAAAUAUCGGAUACUACACCAAGACCGUUGACUGCAGUGAGUUAAUGACUACUAAAGACCCUGAGGAAUUGAAGAAACUGUUCACGGAAAUAGUACCUCAAGAAUUGCUAUGGCAUGAACCUGCAUUGUUGGUGCUAGAUAAUGUGGAUACAUUGAUACCUAAAGAGUCGGAGCAAGGAGAGACUGGGUUCAGUACUCAGAUCACUGAAUUACUGGCAUCUCGAUUCACGACACUUUGCGCUCAUAAAGAAAUAAUCCUUAUUCUCACUAGUAAGUCUAGGGAUUCUGUGAACCCUGUAACAUUUCAAAAGCAUCUCGUUGAAAAGGAAGUGAAGUUGACAGCGCCCAAUAAAGAUCUCCGAUUUGUAUUGCUUUCACAUUUUAUUACGAAAUAUCCGGGUCACCGUAGUCAGGAUUGUGAAUUUUUAAGGGAUAUUGCCGCAGAUACAGAAGGAUAUCUUCCAUUUGAUUUGGAGAAUCUUUGCGGUAGGGCGUUUCAUGACGUUGUUUCUUCAGAUUGGUCUGCUUCGAGUUUUGAAUUUUGUGCAGAAAACUUUGAAAGAGCGUUGAAAGACUACACCCCGUCAUCUCUUCGUGGUAUUAAGCUACAGAAAGGCCCAAGUACUUCAUGGUCCGAUAUAGGUGGCCUUAAGGAUGUGAAAAGGGUUCUCUUGGAAACAUUGGAAUGGCCUACUAAGUAUGCUCCAAUCUUCGCACAAUGCCCUUUGAGACUCAGAUCUGGCAUUUUAUUGUACGGUCAUCCAGGUUGUGGAAAGACCUUAUUGGCUUCUGCAGUUGCUGCACAAUGUGGGCUCAACUUUAUAUCAAUUAAAGGCCCGGAAAUAUUAAACAAAUACAUCGGAGCCUCUGAGCAAUCUGUUCGAGAACUAUUUGAAAGGGCCUCGGCUGCCAAGCCAUGCAUCCUCUUCUUUGAUGAGUUUGAUUCUAUUGCUCCAAAGAGAGGGCACGAUUCUACGGGUGUUACUGACAGAAUUGUGAAUCAGCUAUUGACGCAGAUGGAUGGAGCAGAGGGAUUGGACGGAGUCUACGUGUUGGCUGCAACGUCGAGGCCCGAUUUGAUUGACUCGGCUUUACUUAGACCUGGCCGUUUAGAUAAAUCUGUUCUCUGCGAUAUGCCAAACUACGAGGAUCGACUCGAUAUUCUCAACACCAUCAUUGGAAGCGGCCAAUUUGUCUUGGGUGAAGACGUGAGGCUCGAAACUGUCGCAAAAGAAACAGAAGGAUUUUCUGGUGCAGAUCUACAGGCCAUAGUGUACAACUCUUACCUAAAAGCCGUCCACGAAAAUCUACAGAACGUGAUGGAAAAAAAAUCGGUAAACAAUCAUAAUGCCAGCUCCGGACAUUUAGAAUACUUCUUAGCUCGGUCUUCGCGCGCAUCGGUCAUUAAGGAUCGCAAAGCUACAAUCGGAUCUAAGUUGAAAAAUAUAUCGCUAAGUGAAGAGGAAAGGGCGGAUAGUGCGGAUUUUGAGGCCAACAGUGAAGCCAGCAAUAUUCCCCAGAAACCUAUAGUAAAGAUUAGGUCUAUACAUAUUAAAGAGGGUCUCAAAGAAACAAACAGAUCGAUAUCUGAUAAGGAGUUGGUCAAAUUUAACGGAAUUUACAGUCAAUUCAUGGCUAAUAGGCGUGAGGGUAACCUUCCAGAUGGGGAGGCAAGCAAUGAGAUAGGGGGAAGAGUUAGCUUGAUGUAG